CGUCGAAGCUAGCUUUUUUUCACUCUGAGCUGCCAGUGAUUAGAGGACUUCUCUCCCCUUCCUUACCCAGACAAUCGAGAAGAAAGGGGCCUAUUUGGAGGAGACAAGCGGACCUGAGCCUUAUUGUUUUGAGCUUGUGAGUUGCCUGAAACCACCGGAGCCGACCCAACAGAACCAGCUUUGUGACCAUCAUCUGAUUUCCUCUCAUUAUUCCUGAGCUGUCUGCAAGUAGCAAGGAAGAAAAGUCAAGAUACCCAACAUGAACUCCAGACUAACCAGCAACCAGCAGAAAACCAUCUGCUCCCAGCUGGGAACUGUUAAACUCAAGCUGCUGUUUAAAGCUACUGUCUAUGGUUUCACUGGUCCGGCCUUCUUGCAGCGGUGUAGCAGCCACUCCCCCACCGUGUCUGUGGGCUACAACGCUUCUGGCUUUGUGUUUGGAGGAUUCACCCAACAACCUUUCACUCAGAGUGGACAGUUUGUGAAUGAUAACAAGGCCUUUCUGUUCACCUUCAGUGGAGAAAAACUAAUUAAAUAUCCAGUCACAAAUGCUGCACAAGCAGUGAAAAUGGUCAAUAACUGUGGUCCUCAUUUUGGAAAUGGAGCACUGAUUCUUCUCAAUGGAAACCAACCAGUGGUUCACACUAAUCCAGGACAACAUUACAACUUUAAUGCUGCAGAAAUGCAUGGAAAUGACCUUAAUCUGAUUGAGUGUGAGGUCUACCAGGUGGAGGAUGCUACACUAUUUGAGAAGCCAUGGAGAAUGAUGACCUGGCAACCACAGACUAAGAAGGAGCUGAUGGAGAGCAUUAAAACCUACAAACCCACAGUCAGUUCUGUGCCCCAGGCUCGGGUUCUGAUGAUCGGACCGGUCGGAGCUGGAAAGUCCAGCUUCUUUAACUCCAUCAACUCUGUAUUCAGAGGCCACGUCACCAACCAGGCCAUAUCUGGCUGUGCCUCCACCAGCCUCACCACACAGUUUCGAACCUACACUCUGAAGGCUGGACGAGAAGGCAAACCUCUGCCAAUCAUCUUGUGUGACACCAUGGGACUGGAAGAAGGAAAUGGGGCGGGGCUUAAUGUAGACGACAUCAGCAGCAUCCUCAAAGGUCACAUGCCUGACCGUCACCAGUUCAACUCAGCUGCUCCUCUGGAUUCAGAAGCCCAUGGCUAUCGCAAGUCUCCAGAGCUCAAAGACAAGAUCCACUGUGUGGUUUAUGUCCUUGAUGCCUGUAAGAUCUCCAUUUUACCCACAAAGAUGGAGGAGAAGCUGAAAGCUAUCCGCAACAAGGCCAACCUGCUGGGAAUCCCUCAGCUGAUUUUACUCACUAAAAUAGAUGAAGCCUGCCCCCUGGUGGAAGAGGAUUUGAUGAACAUUUAUAGGAGCAUCUACAUUAAGGAAACGAUGCAGAAAAUCUGCUCUCAGCUCGGUGUGCCGCUGUCCUGCGUUGCUCCGGUGAAGAACUACACCGAAGAGUGGGAGCUGGACUUGAACUGUGACAUCCUGCUGCUCAGCGCCGUCAACCAGAUGCUUCGCUUUGCUGAUAACUACUUUGAUGACAUCAGUGACAAACUGGGAAACCUUCAAACCAAAGAAUGAGUUUCAAGGGUAGAUCCAACUAAUAAACCACUGUUCUUUUCUAAUUGCUGAUGGGUUCCUAUUAUACAGUUUUUUUCAAGUUAUUACAAAGUUUACAUUAUAAAAUGGGCCAUUUAUUCACUUUUACAUUUUUAGUAAGUUUACAUAUUUUGUUGGAUUAUUCAGCCAGACCUGUUAUUACAUGUGUUACAAGUGUCUCAAAGACACGUUUGACUUUUCUGUCAUAUUUUUAACUUUCUAAUCAAUUCAUGUAUUUUUUUGAACAUAUUUGUUUAAAGUGGUUUACAUAUCACAGUGUAAUUGAGCACAACACAUAGACACAUUUAUCAGAGAGGAGGAAGAGGGUGAAGCAGUCUUGGAUCCUGGCAGGAAGUGGACCAUGGACUGUGACAUCACACGAGGGAGUGGGGUUGAUCAUAGUUGUCUUCUGUGGAUGUUUGUGUAGAGGUUUCCUCUUUUUGUGGUGUUUACAGUUACUAUAUAGCUUUCUCAUGGUUACUGGGCUUUUGGGAUGGUAUAAUAAACUAUUCUUCGGUGAAACUGA